AUUCGUGGCAUUCGCGCCGUUUUGCCGUUUGCGUGUGGCGCGUGUAUUUUAUGGAUCGAUUGCUGCUGCGUUUUUGUUGUUUAUUGCUGUCGCGUAAGAAACAAAAUUCGGCCGAUUAUGCCGGCGUGACAGUUGCGAGCGGUAAUAUAAAAUUACGCCUUGCGGGCCAAAUAUCGGAUUGAAAUACUGCGACAAUGCCGCGGGACAUUAGAUCUUACUUCACGUCGACCGCGACUUCUAAGAAGAGCGAGCCCGUUGUUGCUUCGAAGCCCCAGAAGCGGCGUGUCGUUUUCUCGUCGGACGAGGAUGAUGAGAAACCGAAGUCGUCCACGAAACGUUCCAAGGUCGUACAAAAAACAAAGAAAACUUCCAUCUUGUCUGACUCUGAGGAUGACGUGGAAUGUGAUAAGAAAGCAAGUAAGAAAAAUGAGAGCGAGAAAUGCAAGGUGAUACCUGCUAAUGAAUUAUUUGGCAAGAAGCCGAUAACAAGGAUAGAAGAGACAAAAGUGUAUAAAAAAUUGCAAGUAGUGGAAUCCGAGUUCCACGAUGACAAAGAUUUCGAUGCUGUGCUUAAGCAAUUGGACGUGUUUCAAGACACCCUGUUGCAGGAUAACAAGAAGAAGGCUAAGAGCAAUACCAAAAGUGCGGAUACUCCUAAGAAAUCCAAAGCUGCAGUUAAGACAGAAGUGAAUUCUAAUAAGAGCAGAAAACAUGAAACAUGUUCUUUAGAAGAUUCCAAAAGUAAAAUUAACAGUACGAGUAAAUUAAGAUCUGAAGAGGUGAAGAAAUCUCCGAUUAAAAAUAAUGUACAUUCAAAAGUCGCUUCCCCUUCAAAACAGAAGGAGAAAAAAGGUAGUUUCAAUGGAGACUUAGAUAUAAGCGAUAAGUUUACUAAGACCUCUAAGCAAUUGAGUUUGGACAACUCGAAGAAUUCAACGAUUACCUCUGCGUCCGAAGAAGACAACCUUACAGAAAAGUCACCGAGUAGGAAGAAAGCCAAAACGGUGGAUUUAUUUGAAGAGAGGAUAGAGAAAAAGAAGCAGCGUGCUAUUAUGUAUGAGAAGUAUCUUCAGAGAGGCGGCGCCAGAAAUCCCGGUUCAAAAGCGAUCCCCACAGGUGCCGAAAAUUGUUUGGCCGGAGUGAGUUUCGUGAUUACUGGUGUUUUGGAUUCCUUGGAAAGAGAGGAAGUUGAUGAAUUAAUACGGAAGUACGGUGGUCGGACUGUAAACACGGUAUCGAACAAAGUGAAUUAUAUUAUAGUAGGGGAUGAGGCUGGCCCAUCAAAAUUGGCAAAAGCCAGUAGUUUAGGCAUCAAACAAAUAUCCGAGGAUGAUCUGCUAGAGAUGAUUCGCACGAGACCGGAAGGUAAAGCUACGGGUAUCAAGCCAACUGCGACGAAGUCGGUGAAAUCAAACGGGAAAAAAAUAUUAAGGAAAUUCGAGAGCGAGAAAUUACCAUCGCCGAACAAAGAAAAAGUAUCGGAUUCACCUAAGAAGACGCCACCACCCUCACCAAUGAAAACCAGUGUGACGACGAAAAUGUCACCAUCAAAGCAGGCUUCGGAUACAAGCAGUAGUACACAGAAGACAGUAACAAGUAUUGGGUCAGAACCGUUUGUUGAGAAGUACAGGCCGAAAACAAUGAAGCAGAUUGUAGGUCAGCAAGGAGAGAAGAGCUGUGCACACAAUUUGUACAUAUGGCUGCGUGAUUGGCAUAAAAAUCGUCAGGAUCCCAAAUUCAAAGACGGCACUGGCAAGCAAACUCACGGGCAAAGUUUCAAAGCCGCCUUGCUGUCCGGUCCGCCGGGCGUUGGUAAAACGACAACUGUGCAAGUUGUCUGUAAGGAAUUGGGAUACGAUCUUGUGGAAUUCAACGCCUCCGACACGAGAAACAAGACGCUUCUGAAGGAAGCGGUCUCGGGACUGUUAUCCAACACCACGAUGAAGGACUAUGUCACAGGUAAUAAACAAAAAAUUACGAGCAAACACGUGCUGUUGAUGGACGAGGUCGACGGUAUGGCCGGCAACGAGGAUCGCGGUGGCCUACAGGAAUUAGUUGGUCUGAUAAAAUCCACGGAAGUGCCAGUUAUCUGUAUAUGCAACGACCGAUUUAACACGAAGGUGAAGACGAUUUCUACGCACAGCUACGACCUGAAAUAUCCGAAGCUCCGAGUGGAACAGAUCAGGAGUUCUAUGAAGUCUCUGUGCUACAAAGAGAACAUCAAAAUCUCGACGGAGGAUCUCGAUCGUUUAAUCGAGUCGACGAAUUACGAUAUCCGACAAGUGAUAAAUCAUCUCGAGUUCCUCGGCAGCCAGAACAUGUCUCACGUGGAAACGACUGGUAAAAAACAUAAGAAUAAGAAUUUCAAGCUCGGUCCGUUCGACUUCACGAAGAAAGCGUUCAAUGCGGAAGGGCAGAAAAGUAUGAGCCUGGACGAUAAGAUCGGCUUAUACUUCCAUGACUACAACAUAGCACCCCUUUUUGUACAAGAAAAUUAUCCGGGAGUCAGAUUAUUUCAAGCGUCACCUCAUCAGAGGCUAGAAAGAAUUGGCAACGCGGCUGACAGUAUAUCGCAGGGAGAUCUCGUUGAAAAGAUGAUGAGGAGCAGUAUGAUGUGGAGUCUACUUCCGAUGCACGCUUGUUUCUCGUUCGUCAUACCGACUACUGAGAUGGCGGGAUGCUCCGAUCCGUUGAUACGAUUCCCCAGCUGGUUCGGACGAAAUUCGAAGGCCACGAGAUUUAAUCGAUUAAUGCAAGAACUGACGACGCACACGCGAUUAGCCACGGGCGCAAGCAAGGACGCCCUGAAUUUGGAUUAUCUGACCCAUAUUCGAAACGCCAUCGUAAAACCUCUGAUAGAUAACGGUACAGAUGGUAUAGAAGAGGCGAUGAAUGUUAUGGGAAAAUAUUAUUUGACCAGGGAAGACUUGGACUCGGCAAUAGAAAUUUCUCUUUGGCCAGGAAUUCGCGAUCCUACGAGUAAUCUUGAUAGUAAAGUGAAAGCAGCGUUUACGCGAGCAUAUCAGAAGAAUCCUCCUAUGCUGCCGUAUUCAAUUAACAGCACUGCAACAGUAAAGAAAAGGUCUAGGCAGGAUAACGAUCUUAUGGAGGAAGAAGAAGGUGAUGAUGAAGAGAGUGAUGAUAUUAAUUUGGAUAAGAUGAUUAAGGCAAAAAAAACUACCGUUGCUAGUACGAGCAAAGCUGCUACAUCGACGAGAAAAGGGAGCGAACCAGCUAAGAAACGCGGAAGAGGACGCGGUAAAGCAAAAUAGGAACAAUAUUAAAAGAUGGAAUGCAUGUUUUUAUUUAGACUUGAAACACACAAAAUUAAUCCUUCAAUCACGAACAUUGUUCGCUACUCGAAUUGGUCGGAGCGUUUACGUGAUCGUGGAAUGAUUUUUAUAUAUUAGUUUUAAUUGCAUUAAAACGCAACACUUGGCGUUUGUUUCAAACUGUA